AUGAGACCUUCUCUGUUGCUACUGCCCCUCGCUGUGCUUCUAGCACAAGGCAUUCAUGCCCAGGCGAAGGACAUCGAUGUCUGCACUCAAGUCACUCAGCAAUACAUCACUAAUGGCGACUUUGCUGUCGAUUCCGAUUGGACCGCGUCAGAGGACUACACCAUCGUCACGAAGUCCGGAUCGGACAGCGGGUACAUGGGGAAAAGAGAGAUCCCGUUUACAGCCGAUUCCUCUGACUCGAGCACCGUCUCGUUCCAGCAAGCCGUGUCCAAUAUCAAUGUUGGACCCUACUACCAGAUGGACUUUUACUGGGACGUGAUCGUUCCAGAUGACGAUUUCCGUUGUGACUUGAGCAUCUAUGCAAUCCACGAUGAUGGUUCGAGUUAUAUAACCAAUGCCUAUAGAAUUGAGUCAGCAGGAGAAUCCGGAUGGACAAAUGUGCUCGGACAAUGGCAAUCCACUGCAACCGAAAUCAUUGUGGAAUUCCAAGCUGUCUGCACCGGCGGCUCUGGAAUUGUCCGGGUCAAAGAGAUCUCUUUUAAGGGUCCUGAGAUUAUCUGUACCUCUCAGUGUGCUGCGUCCACUCUCAGAACCACUGGUGAACUGAUACAGGAUGGUGAUUUCUCAAAAGAUGACUUUGACGACUAUUGGAGCACUGAAGGGUAUGCGUAUGCGAUCGACGAUGAUGCCCCGGGUGGCGGUCAAUGCAUGUUUAUCCCUAGUGAUUAUGCAUACUACGAGUUGAAUCAGACCAUUGCGGAUGCCCAGGCGGGUCAAACGUACCAUGCUAGCGCGAUGUGGAGGUUGAAGUCACCCGUGGCCAACGGAGUGGACAUCCCGACUUGCUUCUUUGACUUCAAAAUCGUCGAUCUCGACAAUGACAUUCUCCUGGAUCUUGCCCAUAUGACAUAUAGCCUGACAACUACGGACAGUGGGUGGAUGUCUAUCAAUGGCACCUGGAAUGCGACUGUCUCGUCGGUAAUAGUCAACAUAUAUGUUACUUGCACUGUCGACGAUUAUGAUUACCUUCCAGAUAUGGAGAUCGCAGAUAUCCACUUUAAUCUCCAGACGGUGACUUGUGCAACUCCUUCGCCCUCUGCUGUGGCCAGCUCCACGCCGUUAAGGUCUUCGGUCACCUCAACUCCCUUGGUUCGCUCAACUCCAGUCUCUAGCUCUGUUUCUGCCUCUUCUACUCCGGUCUCGACACCGUAUAGCACCCCGUUCACGGCCCCCACCACAAUUACGAUUUCUAUUCCCCAGUCAACUCCUGUCGCUUCAAUCGCUGUCUCUUCCAUUGCCGUCUCUUCAACCUUGAACACUCGCUCCUCGACCUCGUUGCAGUCUGUCAGCAGCUCACCCAGUUCAUCAUUUACAAGACCUGCAGUGUCGAGCUCUCAUUCCAGUGUUACCAGCACAGUUCCAGUCUCCACGACAUCAGGCUCCUUGCCAGCAGGCUCUUCGGCACGAAUUCCCUCAGCAUCAGGGUCCUCUCCGUCUGGUGUGCCUCCGGUCUCUCCAGCAGUUUCAACUUCCACAUCGAUCAAAGCCUCUGUAUCUUCUGCGAGCUCCUAUACCGAUUCCUCAAGGACUUUUCCUCAUCUCUCCAUUUCGUCGACAUCACCAUCGAUUUCAAUCUCUGGGCCGGAACAGGCCUCAACCACAGCACCGUCUAGCCCAAUUUACAAUGUGACGAACAGCUCGCCAGGGCCUCUGAUACCGGCCUCGCCAACGUCCACAACGACAAACGAUCCCACGAGCUCUCAAGCCAGAUCUCAAUUGACCACGUCCACAGUCUUUACAACUCAAACAAGCACGAUUACCGCGUGCCCAUCAACCGUGACCGACUGCCCAGCCACAGCCAAAACCACUUAUGUGACAACUGAGACGAUCGUGGUCUCAACUACAGUCUGCCCUGUCGCCGAAGCUGAAGGAUCGUAUCCAACUACAGCCCCCGAUUCCGACGAUGGCUCAUAUACCUCCACAAUCCUGACAACCCGGACGAUUACUAUAACCUCGUGCGCUGCCACGGUAACGAACUGCCCAGAGCGCUCUCAGACGACGUAUAUCAGCAUCCAAACCGUGGUCGCUGGCACUACUGUCAUUUCUGCCGGACCCAUCCCGACGAUUUCGAGCUCUACCCCUACUGAAACUGGUGUGGAAACCACAAAAUCCACUGCAGUACCUGGUGAGCCUGAGAAUGCUAGCUUUGCAGGCUCCGAGAAGGCCAGCACAGUGAUUGCUACCGAUUCGAUCGCGUCAGACAAGACAGGUGUCUCAGAAUCAUCCAACGCCUCCGCAGGUAGCGGUAGACCUGAUAGCGCUCCUACUGAAACUAGCUAUGAAGAAGUCAAAGUGACGGCCGCUACGAAUGCUAUCUCGGCAAACAAAACUGGUGUCCCAAAGCCAAAUACUGUCUCCGCAGGCAGCAAUGUCUCCGAAAGCACUGCUACCGAAUCUACCAUCGGUGACGAGAAUGAAGGCGUGAGCCAUCAAGAUAACUCUCAGGCUGUCUCUGGUGCAGUGGUAACUGGCAUGGUCUCAAAUGGCAAGGGUGGGGUUUUGAGCGCUUCCUCUAGAUCUUCCGGUGUGUCCUCGGGAGCUUCGCAUACUCCUAGCACCGCCAAAGCAGCGGUAGCCUCUUUCACACUAGUUACAGCUGCCAGCUCUUCUGCUUAUCAUUCUUCCACGGCUGCAUCUGUGGCUCCUGUUUUCAAUGGCACAGCAUCCCUCCGAGCCGCUCAACCAGGCUUGCUGGGCUUCGUUGCGUGGGGUCUUGUCGCUAUCCUUGUAUAG